AUGGAUGAAGGUGCUAAAAUUAGCAUCGAUUCCUCAAAAUAUCCGCUUGCCCGAAAAGAUAAUUCAAUUUUGGAUGAUUUUCAUGGGACUAAGGUCGCAGAUCCUUAUCGAUGGCUGGAAGAUCCGGAUUUGAAUGAAACUAAGGAAUAUAUCAUGCAGUUGAAUUCAAUCUCUCAGCCAUUUAUUGCAAGUUCACCGUACAGAGAGAAAAUUAAAAAAAGAUUGACGAAACUUUGGGAUUAUGAAAAAUUUGGUUGUACGAGCAGAAGGGGUGAUUAUUACUAUUAUUACCAUAAUUCGGGACUACAGAACCAAAGCGUUUUGUAUCGUCAAAAAACGUUGCUUGAUGAAAGUGAGGUAUUUCUUGAUCCAAACAAAUUCUCCGAAGAUGGUACUACCUCUAUACGUAACCAGUGUUUUUCUCAUGAUGGUUCUAUAUUGGUGUAUGGUAUCUCAGAAAAAGGCAGUGACUGGAUGACAUUAAAGUUUAAAAAAGCUGAUGGUACUGAUUUGGAAGAUACAGUGGUGGGCGUUAAACAUAGCGACCUAGAUUGGCUGAUCGAUAACAGUGGAGUUUUCUAUUCGAAGUAUCCCGAACAUAAAAGUGCACUGAAAGGGUCAUCGACGGAAAAACACGAAUACCAUUCGUUGUAUUUUCACAAAUUGGGCACUCCACAGAGUGAUGAUAUUUUGGUUGCUGAUUUUCGAUCACAUCCUGAAUAUAUGUGUUCGGGUACCGUAACAGAAGAUGGUCAUUAUUUGAUCGUGGAUGUCAGUCGAGGAUGUGAUCCCUAUAAUAUGCUUUACUAUUACGAUGUUCAAGAAGCGCAGCAAAAAAUUACGGGUAAAGUACCAUUGAAGCCACUGUUCGACAAAUUGGAUGCGAAAUAUGAACUUAUUGAUAGUGAUGGUGAUAAAGCUCUAAUUCUAACGAAUCACGAUGCACCAAUGUUCAAGCUAAUAAGGGUAAAAAUCUCAACAGCUAACGAAGGGCCUUCUGCAUGGGAAACGAUAAUUCCGGAAGACAAAAACAAUAAGUUGGAAUGGGUGGUAAAUGUUGGUGGAGAUCGAUUGGUGGUUUCAUAUAUAGAGGAUGUUAAGAGUAAACUUUAUGUGCAUUGUCCAAAGACGGGCCAGCGUUUCUAUGAAAUACCAUUGGAAAUAGGGACAAUAUCUGGAUUUUUUGGUCGUAAAAAUCAUACAGAGAUGUUCCUGCUAUUCGAAUCAUUUCUUACUCCGGGUGUUGUUUAUUAUGUUGAUUUCAAAGGCAUAGAACCAUCACAUCAAGUUAAAUUGAAGGAAAUUCGGAGAACCGCUAUAAAGGACGUAGAUACAAGCAAAUUCGCUAUAAAGCAAGUUUUUUGUAAAAGCAAGGAUGGAACAAAGGUGCCGCUUUACAUUGUUCACAACAAAAAUUUGGUUUUGCAUGGAAAUACCCCAGUUAUGCUUUAUGGAUAUGGUGGAUUUAACGUUGCUGUAAUGCCACAUUUCGCUGUUUCGCGUAUUUUAUUCCUGGAUAACUUCAAGGGUGUUUUUGCAUUAGCUAAUUUACGUGGUGGAAGUGAAUAUGGUGAAAAAUGGCAUGAAGGUGGAAUGCUAAAACGAAAACAAAAUGUUUUUGAUGAUUUUAUAGCUGCUGCUGAAUAUCUUGUCAAUUACAAUUAUACAUUACCAAGAAAAUUAGCUAUACGUGGUGGUUCAAAUGGUGGCUUAUUGGUUGCUGCGGUUUCACAGCAACGUCCAGAACUUUUUGGUGCUGUUGUGAAUCAAGUCGGUGUGCUCGAUAUGUUGCGAUAUCAUAAAUUUACUAUUGGUAAUGCAUGGAUACCAGAGUAUGGCAAUCCUGAAGAGGCAUCCGAUUUUGAAUUUAUUUACAAAUAUUCCCCACUUCAUAAUAUCAAAAUUCCGAAUAAAGGCUAUCAAUGGCCAUCUACGUUACUUAUGACAGCUGAUCAUGAUGAUCGUGUAGUACCUUCACAUUCCCUAAAAUAUAUGGCGCGGUUGUACGAAGCUGCUCAUUCAGCAGGUAGUUUCCAAAAAAAUCCGCUCAUCAUACGAGUAGAUGUGAAAGCUGGUCAUGGAGCUGGCAAACCUACUAGCAAAGUUAUCUCUGAAAUAGUGGAUAUGUAUUGUUUCCUGGAAAAAGUAUUGGAUCUGAAAUGGUAUGAAAGCGAAUGA